AUGGGGAACCCAUCCCCUUGGAGCUCUAAAUAUCGGCCUAGCCGGAAUUCGUCUUAUAGCAUCGGAGCACUCUCUGCUACCUCUCUCAUCUGGUCAUCUACUAGAAAUUUAAACAUAUCUUCAUCAGCAAUCGCUAACAAAAUUACUAGUGUUAAAGACUCUAUAUCCCCGUGGCUUCCAUCCUAUAGUUCCCCACGGGAGGAGAAAGAUAUUGCUGCUACGCUUGAGCUUCCUGCAUCACCUAAUACGACCCACGAAACGAACACCACAACUACUGCCACAGUCUCUCCUUCUAUCUUCCCAGCUCCUGCCACCGGCCUGAGGAGAACCUCGAAAUCCACUCCCUUCAAAUCUUACGCCCUAUCUAAACAACCUAGACACCCAUUUUUAUCCAUCAUGGACGAUUUCGUUGUCCAAGCCUAUCCAUAUGCCAAAGUCGCAGUCAACCAUGCCAGUGCUGUCCUCGCCCAUGCCCUCAAAAUCGUCUACCCGAUCUUAAACAAUCUCUAUAACCAAAACCCAACAUUAGUUUCCAUAGUCCUUCUAGUCUCUGCCGUCUACUUUGUCCUCCGCAUCGUCACCAAAAUCACAAAUUUCAUCUGGUCCGUAACACGGAAUAUCUUCCAAUUAUUCUUCGUAAUCGGUGUCGUCUUGGCCUGCAUGAACUACUAUAACAAAAGAUCUACUGGAAAGCUAGGGGAUGAUGGAAAUGUAAUUCCGGGUUUCGAUUGGGAUGCUACUUGGGCCGAUUUCCAAGGUGUUUGGGGUUUUGUACAAAAUAUUGGGGCGGUACUGAUGGAUCUUGUGGAGAGCGGAAGCAAUCUUGAAGAAGAUGGAUGGAAUAGCGGGAGGAGAAAGACAAUGGGUAUGAAGGGUGAUGGACUUUUUGCUGAGCGACCGGGGAACAAAAAGGGUGAACAGAAAUGGCGGUGA